GUUAUAAUCAUGCGCUGGGAGUUUGUUGACGAGAACUCCGCCAUCUCGACCACAACCAGGAAGCGCAUCCGUAGCCAUGUGGCUCGGGGCAAGAACGCUGGGAGAACCUGCAGACGGCCACCUAGAUUGUCCAGCGUCGGUGAUAAACCCAGUAGCUUCCAAGUGCCUAUCAUUAUCGCCAAUGCUCAUGCAGUCGCUGUGGAUCGGGAUCGAGAUCUUGCCUGCCACCUUGAAAGGCCGAUCACGAACGGGUUGAUAUUUCCCGUGGAGCUAGCACCACAGACUAGGAUCAUUGCAGAGAAGGUGCUCGACUUUCUUCGUGAUCUACGCGGUGCUCCCGAGCUGUUUCACAUCGUUGAGGAACCAAAUGCUCCUCUUAUUUGGGUCCAAUACAUGUUCCUAGACGAAGCAUACCUCCAUUCGGUCCUAGCCACAUCGUUUACCCUCAUACCCGGCUUGGUAUCGGAGAAGGACAAAGCCGCGGAAACGCUGCGCCAUUUAUCGCGUACCCUCCGUCUCAUCAAUGACCGACUGUCAGGCGUCAAUGCUACCUCGGAUGAUACUAUAGCCGCAGUCGUUGGGAUGGUGCAUUACGAGCGACACCAGGGCCAAUUUGGGCGGGCUCUCGUCCACACGCGGGGACUGCGGCAGUUGGCGGAUUUGCGAGGCGGGGUUCGUGGACUGAGCAGUGAGCUGUCGAUGAAGAUAUUCCUGUGUGACUUGGAAUGCUCGUUCCAGCUGGGCUGCGAUACUUUAUUCUCGGCUGAAGACGUUGAUGCUAUGAGUAUGGAAACGGCCCGCAACGACCUGGGGUCUCGUAUAGCAAUAGGCUGGGCUUGCUCUCAACAUAUAGAUCCUUAUCUAUUGAUACUAUUCCGACACGGACUGGGUUUUGCACUCAGCUACAAUGACAUUGGGGCCGGCCGAAGAGCAAGGCUUUCAUAUACGGCUUACUACGAUAUGAUUCUAUCCUUUGGCUAUCGACUGAUGCAGGUCAAUCCUCUGCAACAACGACAACCGCGCAUUGCUAGCCAUCUUGACGAAGUCAUCCACCUCGGCUUGAUAGCUUUUCUCUGCGCUUUCAUUCGACGACUGGAUCAAGAAAUAGCUGAUAACCAACUGCUUGCGAAAUUACUUCGAUCUGUCGCAGACAAAAUAGAGGCUGGGAGUGAAGCAGAAGAAGCCUUGCUAUGGGCACUAUUCGUCAGCACAGCAUCUGUCUUCAGAAAAAAUGUCCCUGGAUGGCUUGCCUCUAAAGCUCGGGCUCUCAUACAAAGCCUCGGGCUUCGCACCUGGAGCCAUACCCUAUGCUUAAUUAGCAAGUAUCCCUGGGUCAAUGCUCUCCACGACAAACCAGCCCAGCUCUUCUGGCUCACCAUCGCUCCGUUCUACGGCAGUUCAGGCGAAAUGACAGAUGAGAUGGGAGACGUGAUACAUUGACAAUAAUAUUUGAAACGAG